UUUAUUUUCAUUCUGAAUCCAAACACACAGCAUUGGCGUCUAUGGUCUCCAUUUCCAUUCCCCUCCAAAAAGAAAUUCACUGUCUCUCGCUCUGACUCUCUUGCCUCUCCCCUUUAACCUUCUCCGCCGCGAUGAAAUUCAAGGCCUUCGUGACCGACAACGGCGUGCAGCUCCUGGAGAGGCGGUUCCUCCCGGCCCUGGAGAGAACGGGAAAAUCGUGCCACCUCUUCCUCACGCGCGACCACGCCAUGUUCCUCCACCUCCUCAACGGCGACGGCGUCCAGUGCCUCGCGCAGUUCCGCAAGGAGGCGCUCUUCCACGACUACCGCAUAUCCAGCCAGAACGACGACCGCAUCGCCUUCGCUCUCGACCUCUCCCUCCUCCUCCGCGCCCUCCGCAGCGCCGUCGCCGUCGCCUCCUCCGCCUCCGCUUCCUCCGCCCCCACGCGCCUCGAGAUCAAGCUCGUCAAGAAACUUCCCCCUAAUUCCACCCAGCCCAUGCCCUACCUCACAUUGGAAACUCGCGGGUAUAAGUCUGCGGUUAUUCAGGAUAUUCCCAUCUCCAAACCCUUGUCGCGGGCGCAGGUUACCGAGCUUCAGAGCGCGCUCGAUACGGCGCAAGAUCUCCCUCAAACACUCGUUCAGGUGCCUGAUUUGAAUCAAUUGUUAAACUUGGUGGAUCGGAUGAAGCAGGUGGGCGAUGUUGUGAAUGUGUUCAUAAGUAAGCAUGGGGAUUUGAGCGUGCAGGUUUCAACCACGCUGAUUAGUUUGGGUGCUGAGUUUCGGAGACUGGUGGUGAUUGGAGAGAAAACUAAUGCUCCUGCUGAAGAUCAAAAUCUCAGUGCUCAGACAAGAUCAUCGAGGUCCAUUUCGAGAGGAGAUGGGCAAUAUGUGCAGGUGAGUGUUAAGCACUUCGCCAAAAGCCUCCAGUGUCACUUGACCAGACCAGACUGCACUUUCUUUGGGAUUGCUCCGCAGGGUAGUUGCCUGACGGUGAUAUUUCAGUUCUUUGUCCCAGGUUCUCGCCAGACUGAUAAAUCAAUCAGCUUGCAUUGCAGGCUUCCUGUUCUUGACCCUGGUUCUGGUUAAACUCCAACAGUCUUCUUGUUAUGUAUAAGUUCUUUUUUGAUAACCUUAGAAAUUCAGUUGAGAAAAUGUCAAGUUGAUUAGUGUGUAUAACGACUGUUGUGAUAAGCUUUUUACUAGAAUAUCAUAUUAAUUUCUUGUAUGCAUGAAAAAGUUUUAUAUUACAUUACAUCUAAUAUUUUAUGAUAAUGAUAUAGUUUGGUAAUGUGACA